AUGUCAUGCUUCCGCGCACUCUUGACAGUCUGCUCUCCCAGACCCACAAAGCGUAAUGAAGAAUCAGAUCCUUCAUUAGAUGGCUCCUAUCAGCUACAAGCACUGGAGCCUGAGACCUUGCCGACCGAGGACGACUCACCGCCCAUCAGGCACAUGUCCGUACAGUCUCUAAACCCAGUUCCAGCUCCAAAUUCGACUAUAAAAGCACAGGUGACUUCAAAAGCCCCCACCAAACAACACAUCUCCGCUACACUCAGUCCACGCGCAAUCGCGGCAUUACUGAAAGAUGUCGACUUUGCGCAGGGCGGAGACGAGAGACUACCCCUUCACACAUUCAGUGCCGAUUGGGAUGAUGGCGAUGCGCAAACCGAAGCAGAUGUGCAAUACGAGUUCAUAUAUGAAGGCGACUUCGGCAUCACAUGGCCACUAAGGAAGAUCCGGGUGGACGACAUGCCCGUAGAACAAGAUUUCGAAGAUGUGGACACCGCCGACGACACGAGCGCUACCAUAGACGUCCACGAAGUCGCAGAUCGACACGAUUGCAGAGCAGAUGUCGCCUAUACACACAUAACACCUCAAUCACCGCGGAAGCGUCGAGUUCGCGUACGCAUUGCAGGCGAUACGACGGCGCCGCGGUUCAAGGUCCGUGUAAGAGCGCCGCAAGAGCUGGGAAAUGAGAGCAUGCGUCGGCUGCCCAGGCGCAGGGGGGAACUGGUUCUUGGGAUAAUCAAGCCUGCGAUGGACGAGCAAAUGGGACGUUAA